AUGCGUGAAUAUGUCGCCAAUUACGUUACUAUUCAAUUUCCAUUUGAUCCAUAUAAAUGCCAAGAGGUAUUUAUGGAAAAAGUCGUCCUUGCUCUGCAGUCAAAUGCAAACGCACUUUUGGAAAGUCCGACUGGAACCGGAAAGACGUUGUGUUUGUUAUGUGCCACACUUGCUUGGCGUGAAGCGUAUAUGGCCCGUCGACAGCUAGCUCAGGCUUUGUCGCGAGGUUUAGGAGACAACUUUAAUGAUGACUUGCGGCGUUCUUUGGAUAUGACGGUAUCGGCUUUACCAGACGCGGAGGAUUAUACUAAGCCUCCCCCCACAAUAUAUUAUGCUUCUCGUACCCAUUCGCAAUUGUCGCAGGCAGUUAAUCAAUUGAAAGCAACUGCGUACAGCCCCAAAGUUUGCGUUUUGGGCUCUCGGGACCAACUAUGCAUUAAUAAGACAGUGCAAAAGCUUCCUUUUACUGCUGCUCGAAACGUGGCCUGUCGUCACUUGAUCAAAAAAACAAAGGGUUGUCAAUUUCACAAAAAUGUCAAUAUUGCAAAAGUGAAUACAAAGUUUGAGCGAGAAAUUAUGGACAUUGAAGAAAUCGUUUCUUUUGGGAAGGAACAGGCAGCUUGUCCUUAUUAUCUCACACGUGAAAAUCAAGACGCGGCAGAUAUCGUAUUUCUGCCCUACAACUACUUGGUUGAUGCCAAUGCUCGCAAAGCACAGAACAUCGAUGUGAACAAUUCCAUAAUAAUAUUCGACGAGGCCCAUAAUUUGGAAAGUUGCUGUUGUGAAGCCACAUCUUUUGAAAUGACGUCGACAGAGAUAGCUGGAUCUCUUGACGAAGUGCAAUAUUGUAUGACCGAGACAUUAUCCCCUGGCAACAUAAACUCAAAGGAACUUGAACCUUUAAGAGAUGUAUUGGCUAAACUUGAUAGUGAAAUUAGACAUCUUGACGUUCACACAAGACCCGAGCAAUGUUACCCAGGAGAAAAGAUAUACGAAAUUUUGGAUAAGGCACAAAUCAACUACAAUACUUUUCCAGGUUUGAAAAUUCUCAUGGAAGAAGCGGCCAACCGGGUCUUGUUAGCUUUGAAAAUAGUCUUCGGUGACGCAGGUGAAACAUCAGCCGAUCGUUGUAAACAGGUGGCAAAAUAUUACAAGUUGCAUGUCUCGCUAGAAAAGAAGGAGGGUGGUCGAUUAUCAUUGGGGAAUGGGGGUAGAAUUAUAAGUUUUUGGUGUUUCAGUCCUGGUUUGGCUAUGAGAGACCUUGUCAGUGGAAAUUGCCGAUCUGUCAUUCUCGCCAGUGGUACUUUGGCGCCGCUGUCUUCGUUUGCAACUGAACUUGAGAUUGAUUUCAAUGUUCGUUUAGAAGGUGCACAUGUUGUCUCCUCUGAUCAGGCAAUGGUGUCCAUCGUUUGCAAGGGACCGUCAAGAAUUUCUUUAAAUUCAAGCUAUAACAAUAGGAAUGACGAGAAUUAUCAAGCCGAUUUAGGCGAAUGCAUUAUUGACUUUAGCAGAGUUAUUCCGGAUGGAUUGAUCGUUUUUUUCCCGUCGUAUGGUGUUAUGACAGAUUGUAUUAACAUAUGGAAACGCAAGCACUCUCGUGGAAACCGCAAGAGUAUUUGGGAUUCGAUUGUAGAUAUCAAGCAAGCGAUUGUUGAACCCAAAAACAAACAGGAUUUUGUGAAGGCAAUGUCAGAGUUUAAUAUGAAGGUUGCAGACAACUCGAAUGGAUCCAUAUUAUUUGCUGUUUGUCGCGGCAAAGUUUCCGAAGGUCUUGACUUUUCCGAUGCUCGGGGGAGAGCAGUAAUUAUAACAGGAAUACCGUACCCACCAUUCCGUGAACCAAAAGUGGUAUUAAAAAGACAAUAUUUAGACGAAUCAGCGAGAAAACAAAAGACAAGAGCGAAGAUACUGUCGGGUGAUGAGUGGUAUCAACAACAAGCACCUUGGGAAGGGUUAUUCGUCAUAAAAAACGAUUAUGGUGCAAUACUUUUAUGUGACAGCAGAUUUGCAAACUCGAGAAAUUUAUCGCAAUUGCCCGCCUGGGUUAGGCCAUUCGUGAGAGUUCCAAAGGACUAUAAUGAAGUGAACAACCAAUUAACAUCGUUUUUCCAAAAGAUGACAACAUGCAAGCGUGAAGUGAAAAGUCGGGCAAAAGUCAACCAAUCACAAGGUGUUAGAUUACGCAAUGAUGUCCAGAAAGUGCAGGAAAUUCUCAAACAUUUAGAACAAAAUCACACUCCUGAUGCUAUCCCCACAACGAGCACACCGAUAGAGAUAGAUCUUACAAAGAAGCGCAGGCCUUCAAUCACAGAAUUGCCCUCAGUUAUGGUAAUAAAAACUGUCCCAACGACUCCGUACGAAGGGCAAAAGCCCGGGACAAGCGGACUACGAAAACGCGUGAAGGUUUUUCAGCAAGAAAAUUACACAGCAAAUUUUAUUCAAGCGAUAUUCGAUGCCAUGCCAUCGCCUGGACCCAAGGGGACUACGUUGGUGGUGGGCGGGGAUGGAAGGUAUUAUUCAGAAGAGGCCAUUAAGAUCAUUAUUCGAAUUGCUGCCGGAAACAAGGUUGCCAAGUUGAUUAUUGGCCAAAAUGGUAUUCUCUCUACUCCUGCAACGUCCAACAUUAUCAGGAAACGUCAGACUAAUGGCGGGAUAAUUUUAACUGCAUCCCAUAAUCCUGGAGGCCCUGAUCACGACUUUGGAAUAAAGUUCAAUGGUAGCAAUGGUGGUUCUGCGCCAGAGGCUGUUACAAAUAGAGUAUACGAGAUAUCUAGAAAUAUCAAACAAUAUUACGAAGCCGAUCUUCCUGAAGUCAGUCUCGCUUCUCUUGGAAAGCAGAACUUUGGGGAUUUCACCAUUGAAAUCAUCGAUCCAAUGAACGAUUACGUUGAACUAGUUAAAGAGCUUUUUGACUUCAACCUGAUCAAGAACUUCUUUGUCAAGAAUCCCAGUUACAAAGUACUAAUUGACAGCUUGCACGGAGUCACUGGACCGUAUGCCGUACGCAUCUUUGUAAAUGAACUUGGCCUUCCCCGAUCAUCAAUCCAGAAUGAUGUCCCGCUUCCAGAUUUUGGAGGAAGUCAUCCCGAUCCAAAUCUCGUUUACGCCAAGAGUUUAGUUGAUCGAAUUGAAGAAGAGAACAUUCCUUUUGGUGCUGCUUUCGAUGGCGAUGGCGAUCGGCAUAUGAUUUAUGGAAAGGGUGCAUUUGUAGUACCAUCUGAUUCUGUGGCAAUUAUUGCCGAAUAUUCCAAUAUUAUUCCAUACUUUCAGAGUACGGGCUUGAAGGGUGUUGCGAGGAGUAUGCCUACUAGUAGGGCUUUAGACUUGGUAGCACAUGAAAAGAAUGUGAAUUUGUACGAAGUACCCACCGGAUGGAAGUUCUUUGGUAAUUUGAUGGAUGCAGGCCGACUAUCGAUUUGUGGUGAAGAAAGUUUUGGCACCGGAGCAGAUUGUAUCAGAGAGAAGGAUGGCAUUUGGGCUGUGCUUGCCUGGUUGAACAUCAUCGCUAAAGUCAACGAAACAAGACCUGGUUCGGGUAUCAACGACAUCCUUAACACGCAUUAUCAGAAAUACGGUCGUCAUUUUUAUUUGAGGUGUGAUUAUGAAGAGGUUGAGACCGAAAUAGCUAACAAAGUGAUAGAUCAUUUACGUGACCUAGUUGGGCCAUCGAAGGAUACGUUUUUUGGUAAAACCUUUGGUGAAUUCACCGUUAAGGAUGGAGACGAUUUUGAAUACAGAGAUCCUGUGGAUGGCAGUAUAUCAUCCAACCAGGGUAUCCGUAUAUACUUUACGGAUGGUUCGCGUAUAGUGAUCAGGCUUAGCGGAACUGGUAGUCAAGGUGCUACCAUUAGAGUAUACGUUGAGAAAUACUCAAAGAAUCCUAACGAAUAUGAUCUAGAGACUCUUCCGGCCGUGCAAGGACUUAUUGAUGUUUCACUUGAGAUUUCUAAAAUCAACGAGAUUACUGGUAGAACAAAGCCUGACGUUAUUACUUAA